CCCCCUGCACGUCACCAUGGAUGCAUCAUGGUGCACUAACAUUCAGAUAUCAUCCAGACAACAGCUGUAACUUAUUGAAUAUGACUUCCAGAGAUCCUGACAUCUAACCAGAUGAUAAAAGAGGAGGUGGAGAGCAGCCCUGAACCUGAAGAUGAGGCGUCUGUCUCGGAGGAAAGCUCUGAGCUUGGUGAGGGAGCUGGACGCCUUCCCCAAAGUGUCGGACAGCUACGUGGAGACGUCGGCCUCGGGAGGAACAGUGUCGCUGAUAGCUUUUGGUGCCAUGGCUCUUCUGGCCAUCUUAGAGUUCUUUGUUUAUAGAGACACUUGGAUGAAGUAUGAAUAUGAAGUUGACAAAGAUUUCUCCAGUAAAUUGAGAAUAAACAUUGACAUUACAGUUGCCAUGAAAUGCCAACAUGUUGGAGCAGAUAUUCUGGACCUGGCUGAGACUAUGAUCACAUCCAGCGGCCUCCAGUACGAACCUGUUAUUUUUGAACUGACUCCACAGCAGAGACUGUGGCAAAGGACGUUGCUUCUCAUACAGAACCGGCUGAGAGAGGAACACGCUCUUCAGGAAGUCCUUUACAAAACUCUCCUCAAAGGAGGUCCCACUGCCCUGCCCCCACGGGAGGAUGCCUCUAUGGAGCCGCUCAACGCUUGCAGGAUACACGGGCACGUCUACGUCAACAAGGUGGCAGGAAACCUGCACAUCACUGUGGGAAAGCCCAUCCACCAUCCUCAGGGUCAUGCCCACAUUGCAGCUUUUGUGAGCCACGACACGUACAACUUCUCCCAUCGAAUAGACCAUUUAUCUUUCGGGGAGGAGAUACCGGGCAUCAUCAAUCCUCUGGACGGCACCGAGAAAAUCACCUAUAACAACAACCAGAUGUUCCAGUACUUUAUCACAGUGGUUCCAACCAAACUGAACACAUACAAGAUAUCUGCAGACACGCACCAGUUUUCUGUGACUGAGCGGGAGCGGGUGAUAAACCACGCGGCGGGUAGCCACGGCGUCUCUGGCAUCUUCGUCAAGUACGACACCAGCUCUCUGAUGGUGACGGUCAGCGAGCAGCACAUGCCACUGUGGCAGUUCCUAGUGCGACUGUGCGGCAUCAUCGGGGGAAUAUUCUCCACGACAGGCAUGCUCCACGGGUUUGUUGGCUUCUGUUUUGAUAUCAUCUGCUGUCGCCUCAAACUUGGAGUCUACAGGGCCAGAGAGGAUGUUCAGCUACACAACCAGAUGAACAAUCUAAACAAUCACCAGACUCCGUUGUUGGUCGACGACGUCCCUCAGGAGUAGCUGCUUUUCAGUGACCAGGUUUUGAUCAUCGUCAACUUUCAUAAAAUCGUGUCUUUCUACUGAAAAAGCAAAGCUGUCUGUCAAACACUGUGCUGUUGAAAAAUGGUAAAGUUCACAUCAGAUCAUUGCACUUUAGGAAAAUGUGUUCCCUCUGUGACUGCAGUCAUACAUGUGUUUUAAACAUUAUUUCCUUCUGUGAUGGGGUUUGUUUAGAAAUGUUGUAGACUCUCUGUUUCAUUUGCUGUAAUAGCACAUCAAAUUGUUUGGUUUCCAUUAAAGUUUAAAUAUCCGCAAAUUGAAAA